AUGUUAAUUAUAAUAAAGUUUUUGUUCCAUAUUAUAUGUUCAAUUGGUCGAGGUUUUCGUAAAAUAUUUCAAUUUAUUGUUGGAAGACGUCAUGAAGAACUUGGAACAUCUUUAUCUAAAACUGAACCAGUAACACUCGAACAUAUUCGUAUUAUUGGUGAAAUGGAAAAUGAUUCAAAUCGUCCAUAUCAAUCAUUUACUUCAGUUCCAAAAAUACCACAAGCAGAAUGGAAUUCUUGGGGUGUUGGAGAUAUAUUUCGACAAAAACAACAUUUAAAUAAUUCACCAACAGCUGAUAAAAAUGAUGAACGAAUCGAUUAUUUUAGUGAUAUUGCUGCAACAGUUAAAAAAACACCUAAAAUUGUAUUAAAAAAGCGUGUCAAUGAUAAUGAUAAUCAAUUAAAUCUAGGUGAUCAACGUCAUAAUCGAUUACAAAUGACAAAUGAUGAAUUAGUUAAUUUUCAACCUGAUCUCAAUGAAUGGCAAGAAGGUGACGUGAAUUCAUCGGCUACAAGUUAUAGUACUUGGAAUGAUAAUGAUGAUUUUAAUGAACUUUCCCAAGAAGCGAAUGAAGCUAUGCGAGAAACUCGUCGUAUUGAACGUGAAAGAAAAUUACGUGAACAUCAACAGCGUAAACUCGAAAAAGAAGCAUCAAGAACAACAACACAUAAACGUGACAGUUUAUCAUAA